GAUUUGAUGAAUGACAUCGUCUCAUUCAAAGUGAAAUUACUGAAAAAAAAGACAAAGAAUCGAAAUUUCUUCGUAUUUGGAGUCAUCAAAGCGCUAAUUUGAUGCAAAAAACGUGACCAAUGUCACUUUUGGCUUGUGUUCCAUGAAUUUCACAUAAAUUCAUCCCGCAACAAAUAUCGAGAGUCUCGAAAAUUGCCCGAGACAAGGCUGUGCUAUUUUAGGUGUCUUCUUGUUUGUUGGAAGCAUCAUUUCCGUAUAAUUUUUACAACUUUCGUAUCAGUUCGUCGUCGUCGUUCGUCAUUUUUGUGUCUGUACAAUUUUCUAGCGGAUAAUUUUCUGUCAGUAUGAAUAAAAAUCUCGGCGGAUAUCAACGCGACUACGGAAGCACGAGCUCGAGUCAAGCCAUGAGCGGCGACAAUUUCGCAGGAUUCAGUCCCACGGAGUUCAUCUCGUUGAAGGAGAACAUCGCCUCGAAUAUCGUUUACAUCAAAUCCAGCUGGCAUCAACUCGAAAAGGCCAUCAAGCAUGUCGGGACGGCGCGCGAUACGCCCGAAUCGCGGAAAAAAAUCCACACGAUCCAAACGAACACAAACACGAAAAUCACGGAGACAAGUUCGUACAUUGGAAGACUGACGCGCCUCACGCAGGGCGAUCGACAACAACGCAUCGAUGUCGAGCAACUCAAGACUAAUUUCAAAGACAUCGUCGAACGGUACUCGAAGAGUCAACAAGUGAUAGCGGCGAAAAUGAAGCAAGUGCUUUUGGUGAACCCCACGCAGUAUGACGAGGAUAUUGACGAGGAGACACGCGAAUCGCGGCGUUCAAGGUAUCAGUCGAUGCAGGCGCAGGAACAACGCGAUUUGGAGUUUGAGCAGGAGAUGGCGCUCGAACGCGAACGCCAGAUGCAACAAAUUGAGGCAGAUGUCAUCGAUGUUCACAAAAUAUUCCAGAAUCUGAAUGAAUUGGUGCACGUACAGGGAGAACAAAUCGAUACAAUUGAGAACACUAUCGAACAAACUGCGGGCAACGUUGAAGCGGGACGCGAAGAAUUAAUCAAAGCAGCGGAAUAUCAAGCAAAAUAUCGCAAAAAAGUCUGCAUCUUGUUAAUUAUCGCCGUCAUCAUUGGACUCAUUAUCACCGGAAUCAUCGUUUCGCAAAUGAAGAGCUAAGCUUCUAAUUAACUUUCAAUUUCUACAACUCACAUUUCCAUGCCAAUGAUGUUAAUUUUUCAACACCAAAAAAAAUUGUUUUUUUCAAUUCCAAUCAAAGCUGUCACUUCUAUUAAAAAAAUUUUUUUUAAUUUAAUUUUUUUUUCUAAAAUUAUUUUGUUUUUAAAUUUAAUCAUAAAUACGUAUUAUUUCGUAACAUUUACUAAAUAUGUUAAAAAUUUAGCUAAACAAACAAAAAAAUGUUAAAUUAAAUUUAUUAUUAGGAAAAUUUAAUAUUUAAAACAAAAUUGUUGAACAAAUUAAGUUAAGGCCAAAAAAAAUUUUUUUUUUCUAAAAUUCAACCAAAAAAUACAUUUUUGAUAUUUAUUUAAAACUUUCCUAUUAAAUAAGUUCCGUAAGCAAAAAAAAAUUGAAUUAGGUUUUAUUAUUGAAAAUUUGUCUGUGUAAAUCUUGCCUUUAAAUAGUUUCCGUUGCUUUAUUAAAAAUAUCUGUUUUGUUGUGUAGAAAGACAUGAAAAGGGUACUAAAUUAUGAAUUAAGGAAGAAAAUAUCUAAAUAUUGCUGAAAAAUAAAUAUUAAUAAAAAAAAUAAAAUU